CGACGCUCUAGUCACCGAGGCUUCGCCGAUUCUCUGUGGCUCGCCCGCCGCCUACUUGGCCGCCAUAGAAUUGGGAUACACUCAGCGCCAAGUUUGGAUUUGCGGGUGGAUCAUGACGCGGCUGCCAAAGCUUGCGGUUUUUGAUCUGGAUUACACGCUCUGGCCUUUCUGGGUUGAUACACACGUAGACCCCCCAUUCCACAAGAGCAGCGAUGGAACUGUACGAGACAGGCGGGGCCAGAACAUCCAAUUGUACCCAGAGGUGCCCGAGGUCUUGGGAAGACUGCAGAGCCUUGGAGUGCCUGUCGCUGCUGCUUCACGGACAAGUGAGAUUCAAGGGGCCAACCAACUCCUGGAGCUCUUUGACCUUGGCAAAUACUUUAUUCAUCGGGAAAUCUACCCAGGCAGCAAAGUCACACACUUUGAGAGGUUGCACCACAAGACCGGAGUUCCUUUCUCUCAGAUGGUCUUCUUUGAUGAUGAGAAUCGGAAUAUCAUAGAUGUUGGCAGACUUGGGGUUACCUGCAUUCACAUCCGGGAAGGAAUGAGUCUUCAAACGUUAACUCAAGGAUUAGAGACAUUUGCAAAGGCCCAAGCUGGACUCUGAGGUCCAACCCUGUGGAUAAGCCUUAUCUGCAGUGUAAAACUAAAAUCAAGAAAUCCUUGUCAGGAGCACUUGUAAUGUAUUAAAGCGUCCACGUGUGACAGUCAGGGUUCUACCACAGUAUGGGCUGUUUCCAUUUUUCUUUUCUUUUUUAUAAAGAUUUAUUUAUGUAUAUGACACUGUCAUUGUCUUCAGACACACCAGAAGAUGGCAUCAGAUCCCAUUGCAGAUGGUUGCGAGCCACCAUGUGGUUGCUGGGAAUUGAACUCAGGACCUCUAGAAGAGCAGGCAGUGCUCUUAACCGCUGAGCCAUCCCUCCAGUCUGUUUCCAUUUUUCUAACAUGUAAACUGAAGUUGGGUCCUGAUUAGAGUGCACCAGGUUGUUGUUUCCUUACGUUGGAACCCAUCCUGAGAGCUCCUCCAACUGUUUCAAAUAGUGGGGUCCCAUAACGCUGUGCCUUUCUUUGUAGGGACUAAAAGUUAAUACUGUUUGGGAAUAAGGUUGGGGCCGGCCUUUUCUGGUAGUAGGGAGUAGCGCAGGGGUGAGCCAACCCUAGCACGAGGCUUUGUCCCUCCAAGGUUAUAAUUGCACUAUAUCCUGAUUGAUGAUGUCAUGGCUAUCUAUAUCCUGGAGGGAGUGGCCAAGGCCCUUCUCUGAAUGGUGAUAGUCUGGAGGAAGGAAGGCAAGCUGGGUGGAGGCGGGAAAGAGAGCAAUGAAUGGACUCUGGACUCAGACUCUUAGGAGGUGUGACCCUGGGAGACACUGGACCGCCUGAGAGGUGCUGGCCAAAAGGGAAUGGGAACACCAUGCGCCAGGCAAGAAGAGACCCAGGAGACAGGCUAGCCCGAAAACCUUGACCAAGCCUGGCACCCUGUUGCCAGAGGCCAACCUUAUCCAACUGCCUUGCCCCAACCUGCCUUGAGCUGGACUGAGUGAGGGAAUGUGAGUGGACGGUGGUGUGGCAAUUGUUAACUCCUGUGGCACGGGCUUGAGGGGACUGGCUUCCAGUUGGCUGCAUCCGGUCUUUUCUAAAAUGUUGUUGUCUACUUCGUUUGAAUAAAAGAGAUCCAAAGUGAAAAA